AUGCAUCUUCAUAACACCCUUCUGGGCUUUAUCGCCCUAACCACAGCUACUAACGUCCCAUCACCACAACACCUAUUCGCAAAUCCCUCGGCCCCCGAAAAGCCCAACUACAAGAUUCCUACUGUCCAUGAAUCCGCCGUCCAAGCCCGCAGAAUUAUGCGCCUGGAGAACAUCGGCACCCUUUCGACCAUCUUUCCCAGCGCGCCACACGCCACCGAGCAACGACCCUCUGAAGUGGCGGGCACGCCCAUAGGUCUCAUGGACUAUUUCGGUGACUGCGAACCUGAGUCCGGCAACCCAACCAUUCUCGCCAUCACCAUCGCUACGUCUUUCAAGAAUGUUGAUGCCGGGUCCAACAUCACGCUGAGCAUGCGCUGGCACCCUCAAGAUAAUAAGUGGCGCAGUCCCGCAUCGCUUCCCCGCUUCUCGCUCAUAGGCCAUUUGGAGGACAUUGAUAUGGAUGCUGUAGAGAAACUAGGCGUGACGGCUUGCUUUGUCAAGAAACACCCCGAUGCUGCGUGGUGGCUUCCAGGCAACAGGAUCCAUGAGAGCAAGUGGGUGAGGCUGGUUGUUGAUGAUAUUUACUGGAUCGGAGGUUUUGGAGACCGCGCUUACAUUGGCUGGAUUUCCAAAGAGGAGUGGUUCAGCGUUACCCAAGAGGAGAUUGAUGGCGUCCAGUUGCCGGGUGAGAAGAGUAGUGCGUGGGGCACCUUGAGUAGCUGGUUCGGUCUUGGCCAGCAAGAGCAGGGUUUGUUUGAGUUGUAG